GCGCGUGUCGGCGCUCGCCGGCAGGGAUGCUGUUGCCCCUCUUGUUACUCUCCGGCAAGCAUCUGACUGUACGAUAAGUGAUGAGCGGCGGCACCGAAAAUGACUGGCUUAGCUGAGACGCGAAGGUCUUGGCAGGUUGGCUCUGCUCAAGUGGCCGGUUGGAACUGAACUCUUUCAUCUGUACGUUUUCCUUGCUGCUGUGAACUUUUUGUGAAGUCUCCCAAGGUUCGUGACACGCAGGGAACAGAUGUGUCAGCGCACUCCGACAGGAGGAACAGUGAGUUGCAGCUCGUUUCCCACAAUGUGUUCCAUUGGCUACUGCUGAAUAAACAUCUUCACUCCUCGCACAUGUACAUGAGGGUGAAAUGAUGACCCCAUCAAGCCGCCAGUCCUUCAACAUCUUGGCUGUCCUUUUUCUUCUGCUGUCUAGUGCAGCUCUCUCUGCCCAUUUUCGAGUCUGUGAGCCCUACACGGACCAAAAAGGACGAUACCACUUUGGCUUCCACUGCCCGCGCUUGUCAGACAACAAAACCUAUAUCUUCUGCUGUCACCACAAUAAUACGGCAUUCAAAUACUGCUGCAACGAGACUGAGUUCCAGAACAUAAUGCAAAUGAACCUAACUGGGAACUCGGAUGGCUACAUGCACAAUAAUUACAGUGCCCUGGUUGGAGUCUGGAUCUAUGGCUUUUUCGUCAUGGUUCUACUUGCCCUGGACUUCCUCUACUACUCUGCCAUGAACUAUGAACUUUGCAGAUUUUAUUUGGCCAAAUGGGGAUUUCGUGGUCAAUGGCUUCAGCAAGGACAGAGCCAAUGGAACAGUCCCCUGGAAGGUGGGGGUCCACAACCUCCCCAGCCUCCUCCUAUCCCACAGGCCAUGCACAAUUUGAAGCCGGAGACACAGACCUCAGCCUUGAUGUCUUUCCAGAGCUCCACAGCUUGAGUAAAACAAAUUAACACUGAAGAACACCAAACCACCAAGGAUCCGCUCGUGUCUGUUGGAUGCCUGUUUGUUGCCUGAAAUGCUAGAGGAGGUGAGAACUGAAGUCCUAGGGAAACUGGGGAGCACUCACAUGACUUGGCCAGCGGAGGCAGAGAGGAGCUACAUCGACGCAAACAGCGCCCCCUCCCCGAAGAAAAGUUGGCGAUGUGUUUGAGUGUGACGUGUAAGCAAUAUAGUGCUUGUAGAUGUGCACUUGGAACCUGUUCACAUGGGAAGUCUCGUGUAAGCCGCGCUCCAUCAGUCUUAGAAAUUAGAGACCGUAGCUGCAUAGGCCAGGUGCAGCAUCUGCUUCUUGAGCGGAAGAAACUGUUGUCUGUCUGUCUUAGCAUUUAAUCUUGCACUGCUCUAACUUAGUAUUAUGUAAUCUCUCACACACCCACACACAAAACCCACCAGAGUGUCAUAUAUUAGUGUGUGGGUGUGUGAUCUGCAUAAGGGUUUACCUAAUGCAAACCCAUACACCAGUCCUUUCACUGGAAAAAUGUUGUGGAGGCCCAGUAUCCAGCCUGUCUGACAAAGGUAAUGUUAUUGUAAGGACAACCUAAAUAUUAUUUUCAGAACUAAGCAUAUAUACUGUAUAUCUUUCUUGUAGCAGAUAUUUCACACUGUUUCUUUCUCACCGCCAAACUUAUACUGUUGGAGGUAUUUUGCUUUGUUCUGGGGACAGGGGGAGGGUGGGAGUGGUUCAUAAUUUUGUAUAAUCUUGGUGACCACACUAUCUGAUUCCCUAAGUGCAGUUUGGAAACAGUGGGUGGACAAGGUGAAGGCUUUUAUUUGAUAGGUGUAUUUUUUUAUUUUACACUGAGUUCAAUAUUAUGUGCAGGGCCAUAGGGUACAGAGGUUAGACAUGUCCAUUGAUUUCUCUCUUUGCUUCUUAAGAUGUGCACAUUUCUGCCAGAAUAUGAAGAUGGCCUGUAGCUUUAUAUUCCUACUAAUUACCUUUAAUGCUGUUUGACUCUGGAGUUUCUAGGCUGGGUCGUAGUGUUGCAUUUCCCUUACAGCUAUAUUGCACUGCAGGGAUGGUUACUGUCAACAGGCAGGGUGUAGCUUACUUUAACGCCAGAUAUACAGUACCUGUCAGAGGUUACAGUGCAAUUGAAAAAGUGAAAAUGUUCCAGAAUAUUAUCAUGUGUAUCAGGGGCUACGCACAUGAGGAAUUCAGAUUAUAGUAUUUUAGGUGUAUCGAAUUUUAAUGAUACAUCACCCUUUGUGUGACCAGAGCCGUAGGCAUUUUUGAUAAAUAGCAUAACCAUGACAGCCACAUUCUGCACUAUAAGAGACCUGGGUUGCCUGCCUUAUGUUUGGAGGCCUGUCUUAUCUUUGUGAUAGAAAAGCACGUCUUCAUAAUGGAAGACCUGUUAAAAAAGUAAGAAUGGUCGUUCAUGCUAUGUACAUAAUUUUCCUGGAGCUUCUUCACUGCUCAUAUUUUUAAGUUAACUCCAUCAUCAUAAACUGAAUGACAGACAUAAAGCAUCAUCUGUCUGGGGCAGAUCGUUCUCAUUGGUUUCUUUCUGUACUUUAAACUCCCAGAUCUCAUUUGACAGGUUUACUGCUUUCUUCCAUUUGUGUGGUCAUUGAUGGAAUCAUACUCAUAUCUUAUGGUUAUAGAGAUCAAGUUAGAUACAUGGUUAACACCAAAACAUUAUUAGUCCUAACUGCCAGUAAGAUGAAGGAAUUUGGAUCAGGAUUCAAUUACAAAGAAUACAAAGGUAUCUUCUCUGUUAAAAAGACAUGCAUUGGUAUGACUAUGAAAUGUUUGUCCUUUGCCUGUACAAAAAUUCUUACACUAAUAAGCGAUGAGACAAAUGACUGAAAUAGAUGAUAGAAGCCAAACAGGACACCAGAAAGCCAUAUGACCACAUGGUCUCCUGGUUUGAAUGUGUGCAAAUUGCUGCUUUAGACACUGCACCUCAUUCCAACAAGAUACUAGCAGACAGAAAAGGCUCCAUUUUCUUUUGUUUCCAUGUGGUGAAAUUCUGAUUAUAAUGGGAUACUUAUAAUUAAUUAUAAUGGGAUACCUGAUAGUCCAGUUUGUUAAGGAAUAGGAAAGAGUAAGUCCCUGCCCAAAGUGUAAUAAUUUCAAAUGUCACAGGUGGCGCAGUGGAAGUGCUACUGCUUUGCAGUAAGGAGACUGUGGAAGAGUGUGGGUUCGCUUCCCGGUUCCUCCCUGUGUGGAUAGCACUUU